AUUAUUUGCACGCGGUCAUUACUGGUAAAAUCUCCACCUUUUACCUAGCAAAUAUCUAAACAGGCAUUUGUGUUGUCGCAAAGGGUGGUUUGCAGCAGCUGCCAAGUGAAACUGGAACUCAGUGCGGGCAACACUUUUAUUCCCCAGCAGGUGUAAUCAAGCGAACCAAAACACCCGCGUAAUUCCUCUUGGUCCAAAACACGACCCGGUCAUAGCAACCAGCUCCAGCGGUUUGAGUUCCCAGUAAGUUGGCACACUUCAUCAGUUACUUGAUGAUCGAUUUGGACAUCUAAAGACACUUCCUCAACAUGAGCACAGGACCAAGGACACAAGCUGCCUUCAUCCAGGGAAACCAGAGCACAAUUGAACACGAUGCCUCCCACUCAACACUCUUCUACCUUUUCCAAGAAGUUUCCAAGCUAGCAUCCCCUAUCCACAACAGUUUCCUGGACACAAAUUCACCCUCCAUGUGGAUACAUGAGCCUUCUAGGCAAGGUCCUUUUAUAGUUAAAAAAGAGGAAGAGGAUGCACAUCCGUUUCAAAUCUCUAAUAGUUCUUGCCAGCGCAGUUUGUCUCGUAUGUCGCCUUAUAAUCCGACGAAAAAAGUGAAAGAGGAAAGUCACAACAGCAAGAUCACAACUUUGGUUGAGCCACAUCCUCAGUGCAACAGCCCCUGGAAAGUACUAAGUCUGAUCAAUCUGCAGUGUGAGAGGCUCCUGUAUCAAAGAGAUGUGGAGGAGUCAGACCCAAGUUCAGUAUCAUCUACCACAAAAUUGGGCCAUUCAAUAGACAAAUCAUCGACUGCAACAGCAGAUGUAACAGAUCAGGGAGUCGGAGGUGACUGUGUAAGUGUUGAAUGCACUUUGAGACCAUCUGUUCUUAUCUAUGAGAGGCAAGAAAUCCCAGCCAGUGUCAGUCUUGUGGAAGAUGUGAGAGGGGACUGCAGCAGAGAAGCCAGAAGUUCUAAACCACAGUGCUGUGUGAAAGACUCCAAGGUGGGCUGUUAUAUUCAGUCGCAGACUGCUGAAAAAGCAGACACUGUUUCAGUGUUCAGGGUUCACAGACAGUUUGAGUGUAACCAGGAGUGUGAGAAGGAUUGUUUUUCUUCUGAACAUAUUUUGCAUUUACCCUUCUCUGAAAAUGUUUCGUCUCCAACACACACGCCCGAUGCAUUCCUUAAUGCCCAGCUGACUUUUAAUUCAAGUGAAGAUGCAAGUGUAGCUCUGUCAAAGCCAGCACUAACACUAAACCUCAAUGCAAACCUUGCUUUGACUACAGAGCCCCCAUGUGACUCCCAGAUGCCCCCUCCGAGCUCUGUCAUGCCUUCUUCACAAUCCGCAUCACUUUUAUCUAGCACGACAGAGAAGUGUCACCUACUUUCAAAACAAAAUGACAAAAUCACAGCAUCUAACCCAGAAUGUACCGAUGCUCACAUAAAAGAUAAAUGCCCUCUGGUUGCACAACUGAAAUCCUCAAGCUAUAAUGGAGAAACAAACCCAUUACCUUCUGCAACAUCAAAACCAGAACCCAGGUCAGUGCAAAAGGAGGAACUUUCUGCUCCAUCUACCCAGCAGUCAAGAACCAAGACUCCUAGAAAACAACCUCAUCCCAGCCGGAGUGCUAAUAUCCAAGACCCAGACUUCCAGGGAGUGACGUUCAGGAUGGAGACGGAGCUGGACGACAAUAGGGGACAGUGUCGGCUACUCAUAACUUCAAAGUACAGCAAGGAGCUCCGCAAGAGUGUGAGGAAACCAAGGCUGAGGACACGGACGUCCCAGAAAUCCCUUAAAACUAGCAGCUCGGAUGAGGAGAGUUCCCCGUUGACCAGUGUUUCCAAGGGUAAAGCCUGUGCAUCAUGCAGCACCAGGAAGACCCCCAUGUGGAGGGAUGCAGAGGACGGGACCCCCCUCUGUAAUGCCUGUGGAAUAAGGUAUAAGAAGUACAGAGUGCGCUGUGUCAACUGCUGGCAUAUCCCUAGGAAAGAGGGCAACUCCAACUCAUGCUGCCUCAAGUGUGGAAACUUUGUGAGGCUGACCUCAGCUCAGCGGAAACACACCACCUAGGGAACAUGCACAGAGCAAAGGUUUUUAUGUCCACAUGUGACGAAGGUCUACACACAUUUGCACAACAACAGUUCAAAACUACUCUCUCUGCUCCCGUAGUUCAUAGUCUGCUACAGGUCACUACAGAUGGAAAUGCAAACAUAGAGGAGCAGCACCAGCUUCUUACAUCUUAUUUUACUAAUUAGUUUCACUGCAACAAUGUUGUACCUCAGGGAAGAACAAUUCCCUUUGGCUCUCUGACUGCUCUCAUGGUGCUGUAUACACCAGGG